GACGUCCUUGGCGUCGAUCACGGGAUCGAGGUCACGGGACUUGCUAGCUUCGGAGUAAUCUCGGCUGUCACUUCGGUUGCCGUUUCUUUACUUCUUCCGCCAUCAUCGAUCAUGUCUUAAGACAUUAUUGAGCGAAAUGCUUCGAACUCCUACCGAUCUUAAUCUUAAUAUUAAUGUCCCCGGUCAUGCAGGCCGGGGUAGAUUGUUGGACAACCCGACAAGACUGGCGACGUCAAGAUUAACGUCUGCGGAUCCAGCACAUGCUUUGACACUUUCAGAGACAGAUCGGAGUAACAUCUACUACGAAUGGAUCAGGGCUGGAAAACCUCAUAACCUAGUCUGUUCACAAUGCCGGGUGCCAGGCCAGUUACUGUUCUGCGAGACAUGCUGUAGAUCCUACCAUACAGGAUGUCUUCCAUCGAGCGAAUUCACUGCAUUCCCAGGGAACUUCCACUGUCCUUCGUGUAGAGACAAGAGCUGGGAUCGUCUUCCACCUCAAUUCUCAAGACGGUCAUCACCGAAUGUUUCCCGAAGCACGACUCCUUCGGGCAGGGAUAGGAGCAGGUGGAAUAGUCCUUCGCGGCUGGCCAAGGCUAGUGAUCACAUAUCUCCAACGGCAUCCGGAACCCCCUUGACUCGUUUUCCUGGCUCGUCAGGCCAUACUUCCCCAAUGGAAUGGCAGGGUGCGCACAGUGCGGGGCAACAAUCCGAUAAUCUAUCUCGGGCUCUAUCUCAGGCUCGAUCCUUUCUUAUCGAGAACGGUGCGGCCUCCCAAGAGCAUAAUCCAAUGAUUCUGUAUCGAAUAGCGGAUAUGAUGGAGCAGCUUGAAUCUCAGCAACGUCUGCUACAGGAGAUGCAAGAAUUGAAGGAAGAGAAUAUGCGUCUGCACCAAGUCAACAGAGAACUCAGAGUUCAUGCACACUCGAGAUCACCGCAUGAAUCUGCAGUCAAUUCUCCAAUGCCAAAUAUACCAAGACCGGCAGCAGAUACGAGUGGGAAGUCAUGGGAUCGGAUUGUAAUGGACUUGCUUUAGCCCCUAUAUUGGGGUCUACCAUCUUACCAUACGACCGUACUCGCGAUGAAUCGUUAAUCAUCACAAGAUACCACUAUCGAGGUGUAUCUACCUCUUUCAUAACGUUAUUGUUUAA